CCGGUACAGUUGAGUUUACUUUCCACUAGCCUGGUGACUUGCCAGUCCUGAAAUCCAUGCUUCUUUUCAAUUGCCGCCUUUUUACUUUCGGUUUUCAAAUCACAAGGCGCUGUAGAAAAAAUAUGAGCACCACUUUGUCCCAGAAGAUGGUGUGGGUGGAUCUUGAGAUGACAGGCUUGGACGUGGACAAGGACAAAAUCAUCGAAAUGGCGUGCAUUAUUACAGACGGCAACUUAAACAUUUUGGCUGAGGGGCCCAACUUGAUUAUAAAGCAGCCUGAUGAACUACUGGAGGCCAUGCCAGAGUGGUGUCAGAAGCAGCACGGCAUGUCAGGAUUGACUCAGGCUGUACGAGACAGUAAAAUCACAUUGGAACGAGCAGAGAGUGAAUUUCUAUCAUUCGUCAGGCAUCACACGCCACCUGGACAGUGCCCCUUAGCUGGAAAUUCUGUGCAUGCCGACAAACGGUUCCUGAACAAAUAUAUGCCCCAGUUCAUGAGUCACCUCCACUACAGAAUAAUUGAUGUCAGUACCAUCAAGGAGCUUUGCAGGAGGUGGUUCUCAGUGGAAUAUAAGAUGGUGCCUCACAAAAAGGCAACCCACAGAGCCUUGGAGGACAUCGGCGAAAGCAUUAAAGAGCUUCAAUACUACAGAGACAAGAUCUUUAAAGAUUCUGGUGAGGAACACCACAAGAUUGUUGACAAUGGAAACAGUAAGAAGACAUAAGUGCUGUGGCUUCCUCCACAAUUGGAGGAUAUUUCUGCUUUUGAUAAAACACAAUAAAAACCUUUUUGUUACCAA